AGUUCCGGUGGCGGAUCGCGGGACCCGGCCGAGCUGAUCUCGGCGCGGGCUGCGGAAGCAGAGCGGCCAGGCGGGGAGCCCGCGGCGGAUCCCGAGCCGAGCCGUGCCGCGCGGCGCCAUGAAGGGCAAGGAGGAGAAGGAGGGCGGCACGCGGCUGGGCGCCGGCGGCGGCAGCCCCGAGAAGAGCCCGAGCGCGCAGGAGCUCAAGGAGCAGGGCAACCGGCUCUUCGUGGGCCGCAAGUACCCGGAGGCGGCGGCCUGCUACGGCCGCGCCAUCACCCGGAACCCCCUGGUGGCCGUGUACUACACCAACCGGGCGCUGUGCUACCUGAAGAUGCAGCAGCCCGAGCCGGCGCUGGCCGACUGCCGGCGGGCCCUGGAGCUGGACGGGCAGUCCGUGAAGGCGCACUUCUUUCUGGGGCAGUGCCAGCUGGAGAUGGAGAGCUACGACGAGGCCAUCGCCAACCUGCAGCGAGCCUACAGCCUGGCCAAGGAGCAGAGGCUCAACUUUGGGGAUGACAUCCCUAGCGCUUUGCGCAUCGCCAAGAAGAAGCGCUGGAACAGCAUCGAGGAGCGGCGCAUCCACCAGGAGAGCGAGCUGCACUCGUACCUCACCAGGCUCAUCACAGCAGAGCGCGAGAGGGAGCUGGAAGAGUGUCAGCGGAACCACGAAGGUGACGAGGAUGACAGCCGUGUCCGGGCCCAGCAGGCCUGCAUCGAGGCCAAGCACGACAAAUUCAUGGCAGACAUGGAUGAGCUCUUCUCUCAGGUGGACGAGAAGAGAAAGAAGCGAGACAUCCCUGAUUACCUGUGUGGCAAGAUCAGCUUUGAGCUGAUGCGGGAGCCUUGCAUCACACCAAGUGGUAUCACCUAUGACCGUAAAGACAUCGAGGAGCACCUGCAGCGUGUGGGCCACUUUGACCCUGUGACCCGGAGCCCUCUGACCCAGGAACAGCUCAUCCCCAACCUGGCCAUGAAGGAGGUCAUCGAUGCGUUCAUCUCUGAGAACGGCUGGGUAGAGGACUACUGAGACCCCCUUUGCCCUGUUGUGCCUGGUACCCUGGCCCAGGAGGGUUCUGGGACAGAGGCCCCAGGCCCUGUACAAAGUCUGUGUCCCUGGGUCUGCCCCGCCAGCUCUGCUGGUGGGCUCUGGACGGCUCUUCCUCUCAGUAGAACCUUGCUGGGCUUGAGCCUCCCAUCCCCCUUCUAGGCUGGAAAUGCUGGUGAGGUGGGUUGGACUAAGGCUACUCUGCUGCCACUGUCCUGUAAUAAAAUCUGUAAGCACUA